GGGAGGGAGAGGGAGAGAGAAAGUGCCACUGGAUAUAAUUGAUUGUCUCGCUAUCAACAAUAACUUGUUAGUAUAGUCAAUUCCAGCUUCUUUUGAGGCUGGCUAUUCGUGCUGAGGCUUCAGUGGCUCUCGGAUUGUUGAGCUCGUCGAGCUUGAUCCCUUUCCACAGGAGCUGUGGCCAGGAGAAGCGCCACUUUAAAGGACUCCAAGUUCUCCAACCCUGCGGCAAAACCCAUUACACCAUGUUGGCGGGCAUGUAACUGCAAAUAUAUUCGGAUCGCGUCUUUAAAUUCGUUUUUUUUUUUUUUUUUCUCGUUCCAGCAAAAUAAUACGAGUAUAACGGUUGUAAAUAAGACUGUAAUUUUCACAUAUUUUAAUCAUUAAUAUUUUUCGGCACAAACUGAAACCACGGAAAAAAAUGACCUCCAAAGAAGACGGAAAAGGCGCCUCGGUUGAGGAGAGAAGGCGCAGUCCGCUGGACCAUCUGCCUCCUCCUGCAAACUCCAACAAGCCUCUCACGCCCUUCAGCAUUGAGGACAUAUUAAACAAACCCUCCGUGAAACGAAGUUAUUCGCUCUGCGGCACGGCGCAUCUCCUUUCGGCCGGUGAGAAGCUCCCGUCGUCGGCUCACCCGUUAGGCAGCCGGGCUCUGCUCACACACACCUCUCCUCUGUGCGCACUGGAAGAGCUGGCCAGCAAAACCUUCAAAGGGCUCGAAGUCAGUGUUCUGCAGGCCGCUGAAGGUAGAGACGGCAUGACGCUAUUUGGCCAGAGGAAUACUCCCAAAAAGCGAAGAAAGUCGAGGACAGCCUUCACCAAUCAUCAGAUAUACGAGCUGGAGAAGCGGUUUCUUUACCAGAAGUAUUUAUCUCCCGCGGACCGGGAUCAGAUCGCGCAGCAGCUGGGCUUAACCAACGCGCAGGUCAUCACCUGGUUCCAGAACCGACGAGCCAAGCUCAAACGCGACCUGGAGGAGAUGAAAGCGGACGUAGAGUCGGCCAAAGCUCUGGGCUCAGUGUCCUUCGAAAAGAUGGCCAAAUUAGCGGACCUGGAAAAGUGCGCAAACGGCACGGCCACACCUCCGAUGAGCGAAUCUGCGGGGCUGUGCGGGAGAGAGCGGGACAGCGCAAGCCAGCGGCCUGCUUCUCCACCAUCACCGCUCACAGACCACACGACCAGCAAAGACAGCUCCGAGGACGAAGAGGAGGAAAUUGACGUUGAUGACUGAUGCUCAGAAUCUAGCGUUUACGAACAACUUUUCCUUAAAACGCUAGAGUUUAAAGUGCCAUUAAUGCACCAAAUGUAUUUAAAAGACUCAUGAUACAAAUGAAAACUCAAAAGCAUGGACAGUUUUCCCAGAUUUAUUUAUGCAAUGACAGUUAUCUAAACAUCGCAAUCAUGUAGCUUAUUUAUUUCAAACAAACUGUUAGCUGAAGGAAAGCAAUAAGUACCUUGACAUAAUCUCUCUCUCUCUCUCUCUCUCUCUCUCACACACACACACACACACACACACACACACAAAAUAUAAUUGCCCGUUUAGGCCAUAUAGAGAACUUACCGUGUUUUGAGAAAUGUAUAAUGCAUGUUAUAUUUUAUGUUACAAUUUUUAUUUUUGUUAAAAAUGACUGCAAAUCUGAUAUGAAUAUCUCCGAACCGUUCAAAGGCUACAACAUUCACACGUGUCCAUAUAAUGCGUAUAUAGGACUGCAACAUCUUCACCGUUUGAUAUAUCAAAUUUUGUUAUAAAACAUUUCAUACUAACGACCAGUACUCCGUGUGGGGGGAACAAAAACACAGGAUAAUUCUGCUUCAAUUUAG